GGGGUGCAGGGCACGUCCAGCAUUAAGCAGAGUUCCCGAUCCUCUGAGGCAGCUGAAGACGAAAAGGACCAGCGCACAGUGACAGUCAACCCCUCUCACAUGAGAAAGGCAUUCAAGGUCAUGAAUGAAUUGCGGAGCAAGCGGCUCCUCUGUGAUGUGGUGAUUGUGGCCGAAACUGUGGAGAUGGAAGCCCACCGCGUGGUCCUUGCGGCCUGCAGCCCUUAUUUUUGUGCGAUGUUUACAGGAGACAUGUCUGAAAGUAAAGCCAAGAAGAUUGAGAUAAAAGACGUUGAUGGGCAGACCCUGAGGAAGCUGAUUGAUUACAUCUACACUGCUGAGAUCGAGGUCACGGAAGAGAACGUGCAGGUUUUGUUACCAGCUGCUAGUUUACUGCAAUUGAUGGAUGUUAGAAAAAACUGCUGUGACUUUCUUCAGUCCCAGCUGCAUCCCACAAACUGCCUUGGAAUCCGAGCUUUUGCUGACGUGCAUGCGUGUACUGAACUGCUGCAACAGGCAAAUGCCUACGCAGAGCAGCACUUCCCUGAGGUGAUGCUAGGAGAAGAAUUUCUUAGCCUUAGUCUGGACCAGGUUUGCAGUUUAAUAUCAAGUGACAAGCUCACGGUCUCCUCUGAAGAAAAGGUCUUCGAAGCGGUUAUUUCUUGGAUAAAUUAUGAGAAGGAAUCUCGCUUAGAGCACAUGGCUAAACUGAUGGAGCAUGUUCGCCUACCCCUUUUGCCCAGAGAUUAUCUUGUACAGACAGUUGAAGAAGAAGCUUUAAUCAAGAAUAACAAUACCUGUAAAGACUUCCUUAUCGAGGCCAUGAAAUAUCAUUUGCUUCCUCUGGAUCAAAGGCAACUGAUAAAGAAUCCCAGAACAAAGCCAAGGACUCCUGUUAGUCUGCCAAAGGUGAUGAUUGUGGUGGGUGGGCAAGCGCCCAAAGCCAUUCGCAGUGUGGAGUGCUAUGAUUUUGAGGAGGAGCGGUGGGAUCAGGUUGCUGAGCUUCCCUCCCGGAGAUGCAGAGCAGGUGUGGUAUUUAUGGCUGGCAAUGUUUAUGCUGUCGGGGGCUUUAACGGAUCUUUGAGGGUACGGACGGUUGAUGUGUACGAUGGUGUGAAGGACCAGUGGACAUCCAUAGCCAGCAUGCAGGAAAGGCGAAGCACUUUAGGCGCAGCUGUGCUCAAUGAUCUCCUGUACGCAGUGGGCGGCUUUGAUGGCAGCACUGGUCUGGCAUCAGUUGAGGCCUAUAGCUAUAAAACCAAUGAGUGGUUUUUUGUGGCUCCCAUGAACACAAGAAGAAGCAGUGUUGGAGUCGGAGUUGUGGAGGGUAAGCUCUAUGCCGUGGGGGGUUACGAUGGAGCGUCCCGUCAGUGCCUUAGUACCGUCGAGCAGUAUAACCCAGCCACGAACGAAUGGACCUACGUAGCCGACAUGAGCACUCGGCGCAGCGGUGCAGGGGUUGGUGUUCUCAGCGGGCUGCUGUACGCUACUGGGGGGCACGACGGUCCCUUAGUGAGGAAGAGUGUGGAAGUCUAUGAUCCAGGAACAAACACCUGGAAACAAGUAGCAGACAUGAACAUGUGUAGAAGAAAUGCAGGUGUGUGUGCGGUGAAUGGUCUCCUCUACGUGGUGGGAGGAGAUGAUGGCUCCUGCAAUUUGGCUUCGGUGGAAUACUACAACCCCAUCACAGACAAGUGGAUGUUACUACCGACCAGCAUGAGCACGGGGAGAAGUUACGCAGGUGUGGCUGUGAUUCACAAACCGUUGUGACACACGAGCAAGCCAACGCGAGGAGCAGAAGUGCAGUGGAUCCGUGGUGGUGUUGGGAAGAUGACUGACCUCCGACUUGACCCAUCUCAUCGCUGUUAACGUCUUAGCAUGACAAGUGAUACGUCAAAAACAUCAUCUGCUCUGCGGUGGAUUGCAUAGCAAAGCGAAAAUCCCUCCGGGGACAUGUUCCAUGCUAGACGCGAGGUGUUGCUUGUUAUCUGUGGUGCAAUCAACUGUUCUUCUCAAUGGCUUGUGUCCCGAGAUAAACACUGUGCUUGAACUGCAGGCACUGAAUUUCUUGUGUGAAACAAAACUGCUACGUUUGGGCCUGUGAGUAAAAACGAACCCUUCUGGAUUUCUUCACUACUGAUGCUCGGUGCGCAUUGUCGGUUGAACUAUUUACUCACUGUGCCUGGAGGGUGGACUUUACUACUGGCAGUAAAAACUUGUGAGUACCAACUGAGAAAAGCAGUCAGCAGAAACGGACUGGAACAGGGUGCUCUGGCUUGAGUGUGACGCUGUCUCAGUCAUCCGUUUGUACAUGCCACUGGACUGCUGUAUGUAUCCCUGAAAUGCUUGUUGUAUGGCGGAAAUAAAUACCAUGUGAUGAUUUUUUUUUUUUUUCUACUUGCCAUGAAUGCUGUUUGCUGUACGUGAUGGGACCUGCUGGGCAGUGCCUUCCCUGGGGCUGAAGUCUCAGCACCUGAACCACGCAGAACUUCGCAACCCCACAAGACGUGUGCUGCACCGAUGGGGUUUAUUGCUCCUGUGAAACGAUUGUUGCUUGAACAGAAAGUAUUCCCAGCCCCUGCAUUUCAGCUGUGCUGAAAGCCCCAGUUCUAGCUCUGUCCAGCGUCUCGAUGCCAUUUCAUAAUAGCGUGUUUAGAUGUUAAAAGAAAUACCUUGUGGUGCCAUUCAUGUAGAGACGUUACAUACAGUGAGAACCCUCUGUCACGCAAGCAGUGAUUAAUGAGCAAGGUAAAAUACUUGCAGUGUUUUAAUGCUUCCAGAGCACGGAGAUUAGCUAAUCACUGUCACUGUAAUUGCUAUUUUAAUUUUGCCUGUACUGAAGGUGUUCCUCUAUUAGUAUGAAGAAUUCAUAAGAUUAUUCAAAACAGACAAAUCUAGAUCCAGCUGUAAUGUAGCUGUCUUGCUUACAUCCCAAAUUCUUAACACUUUCUGUUUAAGAUGAUGUUUGACCUUAAAAUACCUUUUUGUGUCCUUGUGAGCUCUGGAAUGUUUCUGCAUACAGGGCUGGACUCCCAAAAAACCUCCCCAGCUAAAGAGAACUAAUGAAGAUAAAUAUUUUAUCUCUUUUUUUUCUCUUUUUUUUUUUUCCCCCCUCUGUAGAUCAGCUGAGGCUUUUUAUAGUGGGCAGGUGGCCUGCAGGACAGAAUCUGCCUGUGUUACUAUCGAGCUCCAACACUAACUGCUCUUCUGCUGGCUUCUUUUCCAUAGGUCUCCUGUCAAAAAGACUCCAUGUGACCUUCUACAGUAGAAAAGAAAGAUACUUAAAAAUUUAUUUCAGAGAGAUCUAAGGCUACAUCACACCUUGUGCAGCUUUUGUAGAGGAGUGGGCUACUUCUGUAAAUAAGUAGAUAAAUGUUGGAGCUGACGUGGUCUGUGUAAGGUGGGUGCCUGUUCACUGGGGGGGAAGCAGCACCUACCUUUGCUGUGUGCCUCCCACAGAGAGGGCUGACCUUCAUGGGGAACAUGAAGUAGCACCCACUCCUCUUUGGAAAUUCUUGUUUUGAGAAAAGCAAACUGCCCGAAGACAUGGCAGUAUUGUUUUUGAAGCCUACCCUUCCACCAUAUGUCAGCUCGGAAGUCUUGAAAAGAAUAAAAAAUAUCAAGUCUUUUUAUAAUACCCUUUAAACCCUUUGCUUUGAGUUCUACAAUCUGCAGUGAAACGUGCCAGAAUAGUGGUAUGACAUGCUGCUCUUUUCCAAGGUGUUGCUUACUGUAAAAGCUAUUGAGGAAUGUAUCCGUGUCUGCAGCUGCCUUCAGAUCGGAGUCCUGAGAUGCAUCUUCAGAGUGACAGAAACAAGAUGAUGCCUUGGGUUGCACUGACUCAAAUUCACUGCCCUGAAAGGUGUUUUCCUUUUAUGCAGCCGGUGGGAACAGAGGAUAAAAUGGGACAGGCACAGCAUUUUGGUCAGAGUUGGCAUCUCUGGCGAGACUGAGAUGGGUGGGCAAGCAUUUGGUCCCUCUUUAGGUCUGGUAUAGACACAGGGAACGUAAAGCUAAAGAGCUACUCUAUAGCCCAGUAGUUGGGAGCGGUUACCAGCUAACCCCACACUCAUGGCAUCACAGGAGCAAUGGCAAAUAUUAUCUGGAGACUGACUUUUUGUGGGGCUGGAGAUAAAAAUCUAGUAAUUAGUGCUAGAGAGAUGCAAGUUUGAAAUUCGCCGUGUUUGUCAGAUGUGGAAGGUGGAUGUACUUGAAGGUUGGAGAAUUUUCCCCCUGCUAUACGUCUUUUUAUAAAGCUUCCUUGCUUAUAAGGAAAACAGUUUUUGGUGUUUUCCUGCUAUUGUAAAAUGGCAUUUCUGCUGGCCUAGGCCUGCAGCUUGCUGGACAGGGCUAGGACUCGCAGCCCUUGCCAGGGAUAAGCCAUGCUGUUCCUGGCUGCAGCCAGUUCUCAAUGGCAAAUGACACCUUCCUUUCUUUCCUUCUCAAACGUUGCAGUGUUAUGCAAGUCAAGUGACCUCGUUUUCCAGCUAUGCAAUAUGAAUAACAGUAACACGUGAUGAACCAGCUGUAUCCCCCCCUCCUUGAAGCGCUUUUUGAAUUUGUCCAUCUUUGGCGUGUGGUUUCGUGUUUGUAUUGUUAAUUCUGAGCACCUGAGCCAGAUCCUUUAAAGAUUGCCUUUUUCUAGGACUGAAAACGUAGCAUUAGCGCUAACAAAUUUUACUGUAAAUAUUUUUAUAAGACAAUUUUAAAUUUUUUGGAUUGCUUUUUAUGGUCGUCAAUGACGCUUCUGUUAAAUUCUGAAUCUAAUUCUUACACUCCAGUGCAGGUUUUGCUGGCCGUGAUGUAGGUGUGAAUCUAUGUUUUCAGCAGAAGAUAUUACAUGUUGUAACUAAGAUCUGGAAUAGCUCGUAUGUUGAUUCCAACAUAUUAGAAGGACAGCACUGGGCUCAACAUUAUGAGAUAAAUUAAAAUUCAUUACCUCAGUCACCAGUACGCUCUUAGAUUAUUAGUAAUUUUACAACAGUUUCAAACUCUGAUUUAAUUUUCUUGUGCCAUGUGUUUGCUUCCUAGUCAGCUUGGUGGACAAGCUGUCUCUCAGCAGUUUCAUUUCUCUGCUCCUGCAUGAGCACGGCGCUGCUUGGAGGAGGAGGAUGCCAUGCACACAACAGCGUGCACGUGCAACCCCCCCCGCCGGACUGCCAGAACCACUGAAAUUACAGCAGGAGGUUUUGUAAAAGCUUUACAAACCCAACUCAGGCUACUCCCUCACCGUGGCCCUUUGUAAAUAUGAAGGUUUUCCUCAGCUCUCCCCUGUCGUUGGUUCUUUUUGGGGGUCCCCCAUGUGCUGAUCCCCUGUGGGAUUCUGGCCGUGGGUUUCCCAAAGGUGACUUGAGCAUCCCUGGGGUUGUGCACCCACAAAAGCCACCGGCAUCUCCUGUGGGUACGCAGGCUGCUGGGCUGGCCAAACAGGCAGGCAUAUGUAAAGCAGGAUAAAUUUGCCUGAAGCAAUCUGUUGUUUAAACAAGUUUGAAUCAAGUCCAUCUUUUCCAUUUGUGCCUAAUAGAUAAAUUGGGGGUGAUUAAAACCAAUUUUCCAUUCAUUCAGUUUAUCCAAAUACUUUUUUUGUACAGAUGUAUACAGCACUGUAAUUACCAUAAAUAUAUUUGGCAGCAUUUGCAUGACACCACCAUGAAAGCUUUAAUACUGUUCUCUCGUUUGCAGUGUUUGGAGACCAAAAUCCUUAAUAGCCAGCAACGUGCGAUGCUUAUUCAUCAAGCUAACAGGAUGGUUCAACUGAUAAAUGCAGCUCGUUUUUAACCUUUGGGAUUCAUUACUAGUAAAAUGUAGUAUCAAAGCAGUUGCCCCUUGGCUUAACAUCAUGCCCACAAAUCACAUUCACAGGAGCAUGAUUUGUUGCUCAAAGCUACAGUGUUUGGGAGUGCAUUAGACAUUAUAGGCUGGAAAUAAGUUAAUUCACUUUUUUUCCUCUGCCCUUAUCUUUGUUUAUGGGUUUAUAAAUUAUUUUCCUCUACAGUGACAAUAAAUAAAUAUCAAGAAUAUUAAUUUGUAAAUUUUAUGUAUUAAAAAAACCAACCUUAAAAGUAAUGGACAAUUGUGAAAUAAUUUACCUGGGUGUGAAAUUCUUUGUUUUUGUAAAACAGACUUUGUUGGUUCAGUAGCUGACAGUAUACCGUAAUGAGUUGGUUGACUGUUUAAGCUCAUUUUUUAAAUUGAAGAUUUUCUGCAUGAAUGUGAAGGACCAAGGACUUUGCAAAGUAAUUCUCUUGUCCAGUGCGACGAACGACUCAAGAAACAUAUAUAUUUAUAUUAUAAAAGAAAAUCACGUUGUAGUUCCCCAUCUGUUAAUUUGAAUAAA